CCCCUCCGCCCCGGCCUUCACCUGGAGUUUCUUCAGGCUCCAGGUUUCCCUGCCAACCACGAGGAGUCCAAGGAGGAAAAAGCGGAGCAUAGGCGCCUAUAACCCACGCCUCCCACGCCUUUUCCAGCCCGAGAUCGCCCAGGCAGGGAUGGGCGUCAAGAUCUGGCUGCCCUUCCCGGUGGUCCUCUUGGCCUCUCAGCUGCUGCCUGGGGCGGCCGGCUUCACGCCCUCCUUAGACAGCGACUUCACGUUCACUCUUCCGGCCGGCCAGAAGGAGUGUUUCUACCAGCCCAUGCCCCUGAAGGCCUCGCUGGAGAUCGAGUACCAAGUUUUAGAUGGAGCAGGAUUAGAUAUUGAUUUCCACCUUGCCUCUCCAAAAGGAAGAACCUUAGUUUUUGAACAAAGAAAAUCAGAUGGAGUUCACACGAUAGAGACUGAAGGCGGUGACUACAUGUUCUGCUUUGAUAAUACAUUCAGCACCAUUUCUGAGAAGGUGAUUUUCUUUGAAUUAAUCCUGGAUAAUAUGGGAGAACAGCAAGAACAAGAGGACUGGAAGAAAUACAUUACUGGCACAGAUAUGUUGGAUAUGAAACUGGAAGACAUUCUGGAGUCCAUCAACAGUAUCAAGUCCAGACUAAGCAAAAGUGGUCAUAUCCAAACUCUGCUUAGAGCAUUUGAAGCUCGUGAUCGAAACAUACAAGAAAGCAACUUUGAUAGAGUAAAUUUCUGGUCUAUGGUUAAUUUAGUGGUAAUGGUGGUAGUGUCAGCCAUUCAAGUAUAUAUGCUGAAGAGUCUAUUUGAAGAUAAGAGGAAAAGUAGAACUUAAAACUCCAAAGUAGAGUACUUAACAUUCAAAAAAAGGGGCAGAAAAAUGCAAUAAACUGUUACAGUCAAGACCAUUAAUAGUUGUUUGCAAAACGUUUUCAUAAGUGUGAAAUAAAUAUUAAUUUUAACGUGAAAGGAAAGGCUUCACUUUCAUCUGUGCAAGUAAUCUUAUUGUUCCAGUUGUACUUAAGUGUAUAACAAGUAUUUUGCAGGUAUAAAUGAAUGAAGCCAUAUUAGUAACGGCAGUUUCCUACGUUUGAAAAAAUUUUGCAAAUGUCAUAGGUGAUUUAAAUAAAUGAACUUUGGGCCUAAAUGUAACACUGAACUAUGUUUUUAAAAGAUUGUUACCCAAAAGUUUCUUUGUAAAUGUGGCAAUUACAAAUUAACUGUAGAAGUUUUUCAAUAUAUUAAGUUAUAAAUCAUCUGAGAAUUACCUAAUCAUGGAUAUCUUUAGA